CACUGAACUCAGGUCUUGUUGUUUACUAAAAUUGUUUAAAAUAUCCAGGAUAAUUUCAAUAUUUUAGUACCUACCUGGUAUAAUUUGUUUUGAGAGUAGCGUAUGUAAAAUCGUUGUAUUUAUUAACGAUUCCCUUACAACUCCUACCAUAAUACGUUUGUAUACGUUGUGGUAUUUAAUUUACCUAUAUAAACUAAUUCGAGAUGGAAAAAACACCAAAUUUGGUUAUAGUCAGUCCGAAUGUGAAAUAUUCGGAUGAUUUUAUUUACGCCGAUUACGAGUAUAACGAAACAUUAGUGAAAAAAAUCGACAAUCAGUUAGUGGCACAGCCGUACAGCAAAACUUUGAGCAUUAGGACUCAGCGUAAAGUUGGCAAAGUUGGAGUGAUGCUAGUGGGAUGGGGUGGCAACAAUGGUUCAACAUUUACUGCGGCUGUUUUGGCCAACCGACACCAGUUGUCCUGGAACACAAAGAAUGGCUCUCUAGAUGCUAAUUGGUUUGGUUCGAUCACACAAGCAUCGACUGUGAGACUGGGGAUAGAUGAAAAAGGGAAUGAUGUGAAUGUGCCAAUGAACAGUUUACUGCCGAUGGUGAACCCUGAUGAUCUAUUUAUUGAUGGCUGGGACAUAAGUCCUCUCAAUUUGGCGGAGUCGAUGGCUCGAGCUAAGGUCCUCGAUUAUGAUCUGCAGCAGAAACUGAAAAAGGAGAUGGCCACUAUGAAGCCGAGACCAGCUAUUUAUGAUCCUGACUUCAUUGCUGCGAAUCAGGCCGAUCGUGCUACGAACCUCAUCCACGGCACGAAAUACGAGCAGUACCUGCAAAUCCGCGCCGAUAUCAAGGACUUCAAGGAUAAGAACAAACUGGACAAAGUCAUAGUUGUCUGGACGGCGAACACUGAAAGGUUCUGCGAGGUCCGCGACGGCGUGCACGACACGAGCGACAACUUGGAGAAGGCGCUGCGGGACAACGAGCCGGAGAUAUCGCCGUCCACCAUCAUCGCGCUCGCUUCGGUCGACGAGGGGUGUUGCUAUAUCAACGGCGCGCCGCAAAACACUUUGAUCCCGGGCGUCAUAGAGCGGGCCGAGAAACGAGGGGUCUUUGUGGCUGGCGACGACUUCAAAUCAGGACAAACUAAGCUUAAAUCAGUACUCGUCGACUUCUUGGUUUCGGCUGGUCUGAAACCAGUGUCGAUAGUGAGCUACAACCAUCUCGGCAACAACGACGGUAAGAAUCUCUCCGCUCCGAAGCAGUUCCGCUCGAAAGAGAUCAGCAAGAGCAGCGUGGUGGACGACGCGGUGCAGUCGAACGGCGUGCUGUACCGGCCCGGGGAGCGCCCCGACCACGUGGUCGUCAUCAAGUACGUGCCCUACGUCGGUGACUCGAAGCGCGCCAUGGACGAGUACACGUCGGAGAUCCUGCUGCACGGCACGAACACGCUGGUGGUGCACAACACGUGCGAGGACUCGCUGCUGGCGGCGCCGCUGCUGCUGGACCUGGCGGUGCUGGCGGAGCUGCUGGGGCGCGUGGCGCUGCGGGCGGGCGGCGCGUGGGCGGCGCUGCACCCCGCGCUGUCGCCGCUCGCCUACCUGCUGAAGGCGCCGCUGGUGCCGCCGGGCGCGCCCGUCGUCAACGCGCUGUCCAAGCAGCGCGCCUGCAUCGACAACCUGCUGCGCGCCUGCCUCGGCCUGCCCUGUCUACACAACAUGCAGCUCGAGCAUAAGGUACCGUUUCUAAUGAGCGAGCUCCGUGACGGAUCGAUGUUCGCCGGCGCCCCUGCGUUUAAGAAGCCCAAAUUGGACCAAGAAAAUGGCGAUCAAUAAAUCAACCCACCCCAUAGAUCUCAAUAGGCUAAUAAGAUAAAUCACUGCGUGUUCAAUAUGGACAGUUCCAAAUUAAAUAGCUACUUCUGUAUUGUAUUAAUAAAGUUGCGUUCGUUAACAUUUAAAUAUUUGCUACAAAUAUGUAUGGUUAUUUUAAUAGUAUUACGCAGCCUUUCAGAAUUUUCAUGCCAACUAUUUUCAUAUAAAUAUUUUUUUUAUCAUAACAG